AUGGUCACUGCCCCGACCGCCCAGGCCAACCGCCCACGGCAGCUAGCGUGGACAUCUCGAAUAAUUAUUUCAUCCGCUUUAUUGUCGCUUUCGUGCAUUGGCAUCACAGCAUUACACCGCCAAGUAUUUCACGUUAUCCGAAAUGUCUGUGUUGUCACGUCGCAGGUUGAACAUGUGUGGUGCCGCGACGGUGAGUCGCAACUGCUACGCGCAUCGCUGCAGAGACCAUCGGGCUUCCGUGGCCACCCGGCGUUCGCCGACAACCGCCGAAUCCUCUCCCGCUCGGACCAGCGGUGCCAGAUUACGGCCAAGGAUAAUGACACUUCGAGAGACCCAGAUAGCUUCAGUCUACGCAUCACUGACUUCCAGCUCUGUCCCGUCGGAAAGCAAGAUGGUUUCCUCAAGGUUCGAGUAUGGUUUCCGCAAGUAGAUGGCGUGCUUCUAGCCGAAGACCAAGAAGUCGUCAUCCUUUGCCGCCCUCCAGAGGCUGUUGUGACCGAUAAGCGAGCAACUGGUUUCAUGGGCACUCUCGGUCCAGAGGGUCGAGUGUCAGGGGUAGUGGAGCAGGCUCCGGGACAACUUGAGUACGCCCUAGCGCUGUUCCGCGAAUCUACACCCCGCAGCGGUGUGUUUGACAUGCCCGUCGAAGGUCCUGUCACUCUGGGCACCGGACUACAGCUUAGAGCAGCCAUCAACACCCGGUCUUCUGCCUGGAGGUACGUCAAGUUGGUCGAUGUCACGGCAUCACCCGACCCAAGAGACGCCGACGCUCCGGGAUCCGUCGAGCUGGUGCGAGAUGGGUGUAGAAUGCCGGCUCUUCAAAGCGUCGUGCCACAGCAGCCGCGAAGAGCGGACGACGCUCCCGGUGAGGUUUUGUUAGACAUGGAAGCCUUUCUCCUGGAUGGUCCUGGAAGCCAGCUCUGGGUUCACGCCCAAAUACGAGCCUGUGUUGACGCUGUGGACUGUUUGGCCGACUUCUGCUCGGAUCUCUAUCAUCCAUCGGGUCAUGGCAGACGACGACGAAAGAGAAGCGACAACUCAUCCGCGCAGGUGGGAGACCAUGUUGCCCUGACAGUGCUGACGCCCAAAGCGGCCUCUCUAAGCGAAUACGUCGAACCUUCCCUUCAAUGCGCUGCGUGGGAAGCUCUAGCAGGUGUGCUCGGGUGCAUGGUGAUCUUUGCCGCUGGAGUGACUCUUCUUAUGGCCAGAAGACUCACGGCUGCGAUCAGGCCGCAGAAGACCAAGAUCAGGCCCACAUGACGACCCGAUGGUGGCCCCAUCGACAUAGAGUUCCUCAACGCGAUCUCGGAUUUUGUAGUUCAUCGGAACGUGACGGCUGCCAACGGGUGUAGGCAUUACUUAGUGACGGACACAAAAUGUUUGCAAGAAGCGGCGCUUCUGUACCAGGCCUAUUUAAGUCCAGGAGAGAGUGCAUGUCACUGGAAUGCCACCACCUAUUUCUUUUAAUUACGCAAAGUUAUUGAGGAAGGAAAGUUAGUUGGAAAGCGCCUGUUAGAAAAGUCUGCCGUGAGAUGCGAGUUAGUGUUCACGACUACGUGUUGCUAACCAUGUUAAUCCUCGCGGAUGCCUGAAGUUCCAAGUGGGCGUGGCUCUCCCAUAACAACUGUGCUUCUUCGUGCCGCUACCCUUUCAAUAGUGGCAUGUACGUGAAAUGAAUAUUGUAAAGUGGCACUAUGCCCAUGGUUACUUCCCGGCUGCAAGCUAGAGCAACUAGCUAUCCAGCAACACGGACACAAGAGACACUGACCAUGGAGACACCUGCGCCGUUCCCUCGAGAUGAGCGCAUGAUGCACGUGACGACGCUAUCUACUUCU